AUGGUGGGCUUGUACUACGUCCGAGAACCAAGCGCAAUAUCACAGCUGAUCAAGACGUACGAAUAUGAGGACAUUACUGAUGACGUGCUAGAUUCUAUACCGGAGCACGACUUACGACUUCUCACGACGCUCGCUCGUAAGAGAGAGAUAGAUGAUGAGAGGGAACGGCUUGCCGACCAGUUCAGGAGGAUGUGGCAGAAAGAGAAGCAAGAGAGACAAAUGGUGGAAGCUGAAACACUAGCCCAGUAUAGACGCUAUCUCCACAAUAAGCGCCAAGAAGAAAGAACCUGGCAGGAGUAUAGACAUAUGCAAAAAUCAUUAGAACAGCAUAUCAGAAAAGCAGAAAUUUUGGACUGCAUCAGGCAUAAGGAAAAACGGAGCGCAGUACUACUUGCUCACAUGGAUGACAAAAAGGCUACAGAGAUAGUCGACAAAGCUUUAGAAGAGCAAGCCCGUGCUCAGCUGGCCGCUGAUCGCCGCACAAGGCUCUGUGUUGCAGAAGAGUGCCGGCGCAUACUGGAUUUGGCUGACACUGAACGACGUGCCAACGACGCCUCGAAAAGGCGAAACGCUUUUCUGAGAGAUGCUUCGCAACGUGUGGCAAUAUCAAACGCACUCAACUCUUGGGAGACAACUUUAUUGCGACAAGAGGUAACCGCGUUAGACGCAGCGAGACGAGCCGCUUGCGCAGCUAGAGCUGCACUAGUGGAUUCGCGGGCAACACGAUUAGCAAGAGCGAGAGAAAACAGACUCAGAAGGGCUAGAAAGCUAGCCUCUAUCACUGCACAAUUGAGAGAUGCUAUACGAAGUGGCAAGAUGUAA